CAAGUCUUUCUGCAUUCUAGGUUGUAGUGUUCUCGGGUAGUUCACUGAUGGCUCUCAACGCACUUUCCCCAGUCUGCAUCCUUCUCGAUUGUCACUGUGCUCCUGGUGGUUCCGCUGCUUCGUGUUUUUAUUUAUCAGCGAGUUGCUUUUAAGCUCACCUAUAUUUGAUUCUCUCUCUGCUGUUGUUCAGGCAGAUUCAGGUAAGACCAUGAAUUAUGGCAUUUCUUAAGUGAAGCAUUCAGGAAUGAAGUGAGAAUAUGUCAUAUAGAAAAUAGAUUUUCUUUUAAGUUAUGUCUAUUAAUUUGACUGUAGAUAUAUAUAUUUACUUCCUUAGUAAUGCAAGAAUUCUUUGUGGGAAGCAGAGAAGCAAGCAACUGCAUUUCUUGUACUCACCUAAACAUUACUGGAGGAUAAGCCACAUCAGUCUACAGAGAGGUUUUCAUACAAGUAAAAUAAGAUGUAAAUGGGCCAAAAGUGAAACACGGUCUUGUAAUAAGCACUGUUACUCUCCAAGCAACCAUGGUUUACAUAUUGGAAUUUUGAAACUUAGCACUUCUGCUCCCAAAGGACUUACAAAAGUGAGCAUUCGUAUGUCCCGAAUUAAAAGUACUUUGAACUCUGUUUCAAAGGCUGUUUUUGGUAGUCAGAAUGAAAUGAUUUCACGUUUAGCUCAAUUUAAGCCAAGUUCUCGAAUACUGAGAAGAGUAUCAGACAGUGGCUGGUUAAAACAGAGAAACAUUAAAGAAGCCAUCAAAUCCCUGAAAAAAUACAGUGACAAAUCUGCUAAAAAGAAUUCUUUUCCAGAAGAGAAAAGUCACGUUACAGAUAAAGAAGAAGAUAUAGGUAAACAAAGCCUUUUUCAUUAUACAAAUAGUUUAACCACAAAAUUUGGUGAGUCAUUCUAUUUUUUAUCAAAUCAUAUUAAUUCAUACUUCAAACGUGAGGAAAAAAUGUCUCAAAAUAAGGAAAAUAAAGAUUUCCAAGACAAAUCAGAACUUGAAGCUAAAAAGAUUGAAGAAGUUAAAUCCAGUUCUCCAGAUCCUGCCAUCGUUUCUGAUAAGCCAGGCUCAGAAUCAUCUUUGGAUACUGUGGACAAGGUUGCAAGUCCUAGUGGGAUGCCAGAAGUUCUUCCAGUAUCUACUAAGCAGAGCAUUGCUAACUUUCUUUCUCGUCCCACUGAAGGUGUACAAGCCUUAGUAGGUGGUUACAUUGGUGGACUUGUUCCUAAAUUAAAGUAUGAGUCAAAGAGUCAACCAGAAGAACAGGAAGAACCUACAAAAACUGAGCAGGCUAUCAGUAAGGACAAACAUGCAGAAGAGAAAAAGCAUUUAUCUCUUCAGCGAGAAAAGAUUAUUGCAAGAGUGAGUAUUGAUAAUAGAACACGGGCAUUAGUUCAGGCAUUAAGAAGAACAACUGACCCAAAACUCUGCAUUACUAGAGUUGAAGAACUGACUUUUCAUCUUCUAGAAUUCCCUGAAGGAAAAGGAGUGGCUGUCAAGGAAAAAGUUAUUCCAUAUCUAUUACGACUGAGACAAAUCAAAGAUGAAACUCUUCAGGCUGCAGUUAGAGAAAUGUUGGCCUUAAUUGGUUAUGUAGAUCCAGUUAAAGGGAGAGGAAUCCGAAUUCUCACAAUUGAUGGUGGAGGAACAAGGGGUGUGGUUGCUCUUCAAACUCUGCGAAAACUAGUUGAACUAACUCAAAAGCCAGUGCAUCAACUCUUUGAUUAUAUUUGUGGUGUGAGCACAGGUGCUAUAUUAGCUUUCAUGUUGGGAUUGUUUCAUAUGCCCUUGGAUGAAUGUGAGGAACUUUAUCGAAAGUUAGGAUCAGAUGUAUUUUCACAAAAUGUUAUUGUUGGAACAGUCAAAAUGAGUUGGAGCCAUGCAUUUUAUGACAGUCAAACGUGGGAAAAGAUUCUUAAGGAUAAAAUGGGAUCUGCACUAAUGAUUGAAACAGCAAGAAACCCUACCUGUCCUAAGGUAGCAGCCGUAAGCACCAUAGUAAAUAGAGGGAUAACGCCAAAAGCUUUUGUGUUCAGAAACUAUGGUCAUUUUCCUGGAAUCAAUUCUCAUUAUUUGGGAGGCUGUCAGUAUAAAAUGUGGCAGGCCAUUAGAGCCUCAUCUGCCGCUCCAGGCUACUUUGCAGAAUAUGCACUUGGAAAUGAUCUUCAUCAAGAUGGAGGUUUGCUUCUGAAUAACCCUUCAGCAUUAGCAAUGCAUGAGUGUAAAUGCCUUUGGCCAGAUGUCCCGUUAGAGUGCAUAGUAUCCCUGGGCACUGGACGUUAUGAGAGUGAUGUAAGAAACACUGUGACAUACACAAGCCUGAAAACCAAACUUUCUAAUGUUAUCAACAGUGCUACAGAUACAGAAGAAGUUCAUAUAAUGCUUGAUGGUCUGUUACCUCCUGACACCUAUUUUAGAUUCAACCCUGUAAUGUGUGAAAAUAUACCUCUAGAUGAAAGUCGGAAUGAAAAACUGGAUCAGCUUCAGUUGGAAGGGCUGAAGUACAUAGAAAGAAAUGAACAAAAAAUGAAAAAAGUUGCAAAAAUAUUAAGUCAAGAGAAAACAACUCUGCAGAAAAUUAAUGAUUGGAUCAAAUUAAAGACAGACAUGUAUGAGGGCCUUCCAUUCUUUUCAAAAUUGUGACAAGCAUAUGCAUGUGUUCUCAUAAAUGGAGGCCUGUUCAGAAGAGCCAUCAAAUUCCAUAAGAAAUUGUGGGGCUCAACAUGAGUUAACUUUGAAAUAUUGGAUCAUCUGAAAAGUCAGUACUUACGAAUUCUUGGGAAUCCCAAAAAAGACGGUGCUUCAGCCAGAUUGCACAGCAAAGAGGAUAUGCUUGGCUUCAGAAUUCAUGUGAGAAUUAGGUUUAUAAGAUGUUAAUAAUUAACUAUGCUUUAGGAAUCUUAUUGUGCUAGUUGGUUUUAGUAGAUAUUGGUGUUAUAUUGUUUGAUGUUUGAAAAUGUAUUAAUAUAUGUGCCAAACAAGAAACUGAAAACUAUCAUAUUAUGCUUUGUCUUUUCACUUUAGUCAUCAUAAUCAUGUUGAAUUUAUGUGAUCAUUGAUUUCCUUUCAUGUGGAAAAGCUCAUUUUUCCUUAAACUUACAUUACUUAUAUUUUCACUAGCUACUUCCUAUACUCCACAUGCUGCCUUUUACUGGAAUAUUCUCUAAUUGAUGCAGAAAAAUGGAAUUUUGUCUAUUAAAGUACUUUUACAUUUAAAAUAUGAAAGAACCAGGUACAGUUUUUUAUUCAAAAUUUGCUUAUUUCUACACAUUGUUUAGUUAAAACAGGUAGGUCAAGUUCCAAUCAAAUGCUUUUUUCCCCUGAAAUUUUAAGAUAAUGUUGUGUGUUAACUUUUCUAGAUCUAGUUCUAAGCUCAUCAUUCACUGUUAUAAAAUUAAUUGUUUGAAUUUACUGGCAAAAUAUUCCUGUUAAUAAACAUAAACUGUUGAAGUAA